AUGGCGCCUGCUACCGCAAAGGCCACUCCCACCAAGAAGAUUACCGGCGCGGGCGUCAAGAAAGCAGGACGACCCCCGGGCAAAGGCCGCAAGGGCAAAGCUAGCCAGGCAAUGGCGAAGAUGCAAGCCUACUUCAAGGAGAACCGUUCCAAGUACGAGAAACUGGACUUCAAAGAGCAGCAGAAGAAGCUCGGCGAGGAGUGGAAGAAGAGCCCAGAGAACCCCAAGAACCAGGCCUAG